AUGAUUGCACGGACGGCAGUUGCACAGGAUGAUCAAGUCGGCGAUGGAACCACCUCGGUCGUGCUACUGGUCGGAGAGCUAUUGAAACAGGCUGAUAGAUACAUCUCUGAGGGUGUACAUCCGACCGUCAUCGCUGAAGGAUUCGAUUUGGCGAAAAAGGAUGCAUUAGAAUUUCUCGAAUCUUAUAAGCGCCAAAUCAACCUGGACAGAGAGACUCUCAUCUCAGUGGCGUAUACCUCAUUGAGCACCAAACUCCACCAAAAACUUGCCAAGCAACUCGCACCUGACGUUGUUGAUGCUGUACUCACAAUACGACCUCCACCUCCGCCAGAAGGUGCAACGGGGGACGCCAUCCGAGCACCAAUCGAUCUUUUCAUGGUGGAGAUCAUGAAGAUGCAACACCGCAACGAUCUUGAUACAAAACUCAUCAAAGGAUUGGUAUUGGAUCAUGGUGCUCGACACCCGGAUAUGCCGAAACGCGUUGAGAACGCGUUUAUCCUCAUCUUGAACGUCUCAUUAGAGUACGAGAAGACCGAGGUCAACUCGAGCUUCUUCUAUUCCUCGACCGAGCAGCGAGAGAAGCUCGUCGAGUCCGAGCGACGGUUUACCGACGCCAAGGUCAAGAAGAUUAUCGAGUUGAAGAACCUCGUCUGCGACCAGGCAACGGAUGCAAAGACACCACCCAAAAACUUUGUCGUGAUCAACCAAAAGGGCAUCGAUCCCAUGUCCCUCGAUUCGUUUGCGAAAGCGGGCAUCAUUGCUCUCCGUCGCGCAAAGAGGAGGAAUAUGGAGAGAUUACAGCUGCUCUGUGGUGGAGUUGCGCAAAACUCUGUUGAUAAUCUCGAUGAGAGUGUUCUCGGAUGGGCGGGUCUCGUUUACGAGCAGGUUCUCGGCGAGGAAAAGUAUACGUUUGUGGAGAAUGUUAGGGAACCGAAGAGUGUCACACUUCUCAUUAAAGGUCCGAACCAACACACGAUUGGUCAGAUCAACGACGCAUUGCGAGACGGACUACGUUCUGUCAAAAACUCACUCGAGGACAACGCUCUUAUUCCCGGAGGAGGCGCGUUUGAAGUCGCGCUCUCGCAUCAUCUCUCGACAAAGACGAAGAAGAAUGCAAAGGGACGAGUGAAACUAGGAGUACAAGCCUUUGCGGAUGCAGUUCUCGUCAUCCCCAAGACGCUCGCUGCCAACGCAGGUUUCGACGUCCAAGACUCGAUUGUGGCGCUGCAAGAAGAGUAUGCGGAUAUGGAAGGCAAUGAAGGUGGAGCAGCAGUGGGUCUGAAUAUCCAAUCUGGUCAACCCAUGGACCCGACGGUGGAGGGCAUCUGGGACCAAUAUCGAGUGAAGCGACAGAUGCUGCAUUCCUGCUCUGUUAUCGCUGUCAACCUUUUGUCGACGGAUGAAAUUCUGCGUGCGGGGAGAAGUUCGUUGAAGCCCGAAGGGCAGCAGUAG